AUGGGCACAAAUCCCAUGGAGAACUCCAUCCAUACAGACAAGCACAUUCUCUUUGCCCUCCCCUUUCCGGAACCUACCAUCCAGCAGGCCCUGGCCGCCUUGACCACCGCCCAUCCGAGCUAUCGGACCACGUAUCGUGAAACUGCAUUCAAGGACCCCACAAUGGACGAGAGCGCGUGGUCCGACGUCGACAUUCUUGUAACGUUCAACUGCCUCCCUGCAUCUCCGUCACUAUGCCCGCGAUUGAAGCUCAUCCACUUUAUCAGCGCCGGGAUCGAUGCCCACCUGUCACAUUCCAUGCUCACAUCGACCGAUAUCUUGGUCACCACUUCCACCGGCAUCCAUGGACCGCCAAUGGCGGAAUGGUUCAUCUUAGGACUCCUGGCUCACCAAACACGGCUCCCCGACCUGUAUGAUCUGCAGAAGAAGCGUGAAUGGGGCAACCCCCUGAAAUUCACGUCAAGAAAAUCUCUGCAAGGACAACGACUCGGCAUCCUUGGAUACGGCGGCAUCGGUCGGCAAGCGGCCCGGCUGGCUCAGGCGUUAGGAAUGGAAGUCCUCGCCUACACGGCAUCAGCCAAAAAGACUCCCGAGUCAAGACGCUUGACUACAUAUACCAUCCCCGGUACCGGGGACGUCGACGGCACGAUCCCCAGUGAAUGGUUCUCCGGCACGGACAAGAGCUCGCUGCACCACUUUCUGUCCCAGAAGCUGGACAUUCUCCUCAUCGCUGUCCCACUUAGCACCAGUACACGGCAUUUACUUGGGUGGGAGGAAUUCGAAGUCCUUGCUACGAACAGCCCAUCCUCGGCGCCGAAUGGUGGUGGUCCCUUCGUUUCGAAUCUGGCCAGAGGGGACGUCGUCGUCCAAGAAGACUUAGUGAGCUCCCUAAAUAACGGCGUGAUAAGGGGCGCCGCGGUCGAUGUGGCGGACCCGGAACCACUGCCAAGUGAGAGCACGCUGUGGGAUGCGAAAAAUGUCUUAGUCACGCCGCAUGUGAGCGGGGUCACGGCGGACUAUUUGAAGCAUGUAGUGGACAUUCUAAACAUCAAUCUGGGGAAGUGGGAGGGAGGCGAGAGUUUGAUUAAUCUUUUCAAGAGAAGACGGGGUUACUGA